AUGGUGAAGAAACUGGGCAGCACCACAGGAAGAUUUGCUAACGCCACAUUAGUGCGUCUGUCUGAGUUUCUGAGUGCGGGCUAUAAGAAAGGAGUGAGACCAGUGAAGGACUGGAGGACGUCCACCAUAGUGGCCAUAGACCUCAUGGUUUACUCCAUCCUUAAUGUGGAUGAGAAGAACCAGGUUUUAACUACAUAUGUGUGGUACAGACAGUCUUGGACGGAUGAAUUCCUCGUCUGGAAUCCAGAGGACUUCGAUGAAGUCAAACAACUCUCUAUACCCACAGCUAAUGUGUGGGUGCCCGACAUCCUCAUCAAUGAGUUUGUAGAUGUGGGGAAGUCUCCAGACAUACCGUACGUCUAUGUGACACAUGAUGGACUGGUGCGAAACUACAAACCCAUCCAGGUGGUCACGGCCUGCACGCUCAACAUCUACAACUUCCCGUUUGAUGUGCAGAAGUGCAGCCUUACCUUCCAGAGCUGGCUGCACACGAUCGAUGACAUCAACAUCACCCUGAUGAGAAGCCCAGAGGAGCUCAGCGAGGACAAGAGUGUUUUCAUGAACCAGGGAGAGUGGGAGCUGCUCCACAUACUGUCCAACUACAAGAUCUUUAGCGUGGACAAUGAUGACUAUUACGCUGAGAUGAAAUUUCAUGUGGUGAUCCGGCGGCGCCCGUUAUUCUACACAGUGAACCUGCUGCUUCCCAGUAUCUUCCUGAUGGUGAUGGAUAUUGUGGGUUUCUACCUGCCACCUGACAGUGGAGAGAGGGUGUCCUUCAAGAUCACUUUGCUGCUGGGCUACUCGGUCUUCCUCAUUAUUGUGUCUGACACUCUGCCCGCCACCGCCAUAGGAACCCCACUGAUAGGUGACUACGAUCUACAAUCUGAGUGUUUUUUCAGCUGUAAAAACUCCUUAUCCCAUCUGACCUGCUCCUUAGGUGUGUACUUUGUGGUCUGCAUGGCCCUCCUGGUGAUCAGCCUCACAGAGACUGUGCUGAUUGUCCGACUGGUGCACAAGCAGGACCUGCAGCCCCCUGUGCCCCACUGGGUGAAGUACCUGGUUCUGGAAAGAGCUCCGGUCCUCUUCUGCAUCCACAGGAAGCACCGUCUCUGCUCCAGGCUGUCGUCACAGGCCUCUGACAUGGAGCACUACAAGGACAACUAUGGCACUGCCCAGUGCACCAUCCACCACACCUGUGAGAUCGGCCAAAGGCUGAGCCAGCACGACCGAGAGGGCGGCCUACACAGACUGGUCCUGCCCCCAUCUAGGGAACCCGCCCCGCCUGUCAUGGACAACAUCCUGCAGGAGGUGACCGCCAUUCGCCACUUCCUGGAGAAGAGAGACAGGUGCCGGGAGGUGGCCAAAGAGUGGCUGCAGGUGGGCUACGUGUUGGACGUGCUGCUCUUCAGAGUCUAUUUGGUGGCCGUGGUGGCUUACAGCAUCACACUGGGCACGCUGUGGUCGGUGUGGCAGGUUGCCUGA